AUUCAGGUAUUCAGUGAGACAGACACACCUAUGCAACUCCCUCACCUGUCUCACGGGGACAUUAGCAACUCCCAGCCAACCUGUGUGACAGGUGCAACGGGGAGAGACACAGGGGAGGGACACACCCGCGGGACUGGCCAAACAACAACCAUGUUCCCCUGCUGAGCAGAGAGAGGGCCGGGUAUUUGGCCCUUUAAUCCAGGAUGUCUAGAUCCUGGAACACAUAGAUCUCAUCUACUGCUGCUGUCUCUCUCGGCUCACUCGCUGACACUCGUUUGGGGCUGAUUACAGACAAUCCUCCCCUCCAUCCAUGGAAAAUGGACUCUGCCAGGCCUGACAUGUUGCUGGGGUCCCUGUUUGAGCAAACAGACGAGCUGUUCCACUCGGAGGGGUUUGCGGGGCCCGGCCAUGGCAACUUUCCACUAUCUGAGCUCCAGUUCCCAGCAGAGAAGAUGUAUGAGGAAUGGCCAGUAGGGGGCCCCAUGGGCCUGAGCGAGAGGGAAGACACAGAUGAAUUCCUACAGAUGAUGAUUAACCCCAAUGAGGUUUAUAGCAGUGGAGCUGCUGCUGCUGAAUCUCCAGAGAGCGACAGUGGAUUCUCAGACGACCCUCGGCCAGACACCCCCAUGCAGAGUGAGAGCAGCCCCCCACUGCCCCAGCCCACCCCUGUGUAUGAACUGGUUUAUGACAUUGGUUCCUUGGAAGAAAGGAAGUUACAGAAUGACAUGAGCAGCGUCAUAUCAAUACAGCUAGCCGAGGACUGGAAUUCUGCCCCCCUGCUGAUCCCUGAUAGUUGUAUAGUGAAUGACCUGUCCCCUGUGAGUAAAUCCACCCCGCUGCCCAUCAGAGUGACCCCAUCGGAUCUGAUUGCCGUGGACGCCUUCUACCCAGAGCUCCACCUGACCGAGGAGGAAAAGAGGCUCCUGUCCCAGGAAGGGGUGGCACUGCCCAAUAACCUGCCUCUUACCAAGGCUGAGGAACGAAUCCUGAAGAAGGUGAGGAGAAAGAUACGGAACAAGCAGUCGGCACAGGACAGCCGGAGGCGCAAGAAGGAGUAUAUCGAUGGACUGGAAAGCAGGGUGGCCGCCUGCUCGGCUCACAAUCAGCAGCUGCACAAGAAGGUGGUGGAGUUGGAGAAACACAACAUAUCUCUGAUCACUCAGCUCCGCAAGCUCCAGACCCUCAUCAAACAAACGUCUAACAAAGCGGCGCAGACAAGCACUUGUGUCCUGAUCCUUCUCUUCUCUCUGGCGUUGUUGGUCUUCCCCAGUUACAGCCCUUUUCGCUCCGGGCCCUCCGCAAGCCCAGAAGACAGUUACCGGCCCACUGGAGUCAUAUCCCGUAACAUUCUGAACAAAGGAGGAUUUACUGAGGCCACCGAGCCCCCGACGCCCGACACCCCGCCCCACGUUAAUCAGCCGCAAGAGAGCGACCACCAUACCGUUCCCCCGGCCAAUCCCAAUCCAGAAGAAACCGCCCCAGAAAGUAACCGAGCAGGAGCCGCUCCAGGUGAACAGGUUCUUGCUGAACUGGAUGCCGCCAUUUUUGCGCCCAAAGGGGAGCCCCCCGCCAAUGACGUGUCAAAAACCGCACGGGCGGACGAGAUGUGAAGAACUACAGACAGCGGCAAGUGAGGCGCAGGAGGAGGAGCUUCAUGAGUAGGGGUGUCACCUCGUUAAUUCAUUGGCUAUGGAGCAAUUCAUUUAGAUGCAUGCUGCAGACUGCACUGGAUUCUCUUCACUCGUACGGGAUGCAUUUAAAUUCAUUGCUGAUUGGCCGGGAAGGAGGCAGCACCUCUACAGGUGAUUAUGGGAAUUAAUGUACCCACACUAUACUUAUUUAUCAUUCAUUUGCUUUACUCUAUACAUUCGGAGAAAUAAUCAUGGGAUUAAUGGCUGCCGCCUCACCCCUUUAAAUCUGCCCAAUUUCACUGCCACAGUUCAUAGGCAGUCUUCAUGGCCGCACAGAACCAGUGCAGUCUGCAGCGUGAAUCUUACAUAGACUCUAAUGAGCCAGGCAGAAUGUACAUUCCCUGAUGUCCAGGUAUAUGUGAGGCGGCAGCUGAGCAACCAGCACUCACACUCAGCACCUCUACUCACUGCCUCUUUCAUUCCCCAGGAUCCUCGCCUGAUACUCCCUGAUAUUCAGAGACUCUUAUUCUAUAAUAUUUAUACUGACAAUGACUUUAUAUUGUUAUUAGUUCGGCUGGAAAGAGUUAAUAAAAAUGUAUUUAGUUUGUA